GUCACCUUGUAGAUGUCUGUGACGUUAAAUCACGUUCUAGAACGCCAUUUUGACGUCACAAGACCUAUGGACAAAGCGUACAUUUUCACCGUGCUUCAUGCCCUGAGACUCUCCUGAACAUUGUUGUGGAGGUAACAUCCCUGAGGACAACGAUGAAACAGUGACGGUUUACAGACUUCUACCUUGGAGCGUCUGCUGUCGACAUGCAGCGGUACUGCACAGUGCUGGUUCGGCGGAUCAGUACCAGCGCCGCCUGUAGGACCGAACAGAAAACCAAGUCCUUCCAUCAGUACCCCCGCGGCGCGGCUUUGCUGCAGGACUCACGGUAUUACAAGGGUAUGGCAUUUACUCUGGAGGAGAGACAACAUCUUGGCAUCCAUGGUCUGCUGCCACCGUCCUUCCUAACUCAGGACCUCCAGGCCUACAGGGUACGGGAGAACUACAAACGUCAGCACACGGACUUGGACAGAUAUGUGUUCCUGACGGCUCUGCAGGACAGGAAUGAGAAGUUGUUCUACCGAGUGCUGCAGGAUGACCUGGAACAGUUCAUGCCUAUUGUCUACACCCCCACGGUGGGGCUGGCCUGUCAGAAGUACGGACACAUCUUCAGGAGACCCAGAGGUUUGUUCAUCAGUAUCCACGACAGAGGACAUAUAGCAGAGAUGCUGUGCUCUUGGCCAGAACCGGAUAUCAAGGCAGUAGUGGUCACUGAUGGUGAGAGGAUUCUGGGAUUGGGAGACCUGGGGUGUUAUGGGAUGGGGAUCCCGGUGGGAAAGCUGGCUCUGUACACCGCCUGCGCCGGGAUCAAACCAGAACACUGCCUACCUGUCACUAUAGAUGUGGGCACUGACAAUGAGGAACUACUGAAUGACCCCCUGUACAUCGGACUGAGUCACAAGAGAGAGCGGUCGGAGCUGUAUGAUGAACUGAUUGAUGAAUUCAUGGACGCCAUCACCAAAAAGUACAGAAUGUCCUGUCUGGUUCAGUUUGAAGACUUUGCCAACCACAACGCCUUCCGACUGCUGGCCAAGUACCGGGACAGAUACUGCACAUUCAAUGAUGACAUACAAGGAACAGCAUCAGUAGCCACAGCUGGGCUGCUGAGCUCACUCAGACUGACAGGGAAGAGGAUGCAGGACAACAAGUUUCUGUUUGUGGGAGCUGGAGAGGCUGCCCUGGGUAUCGCAGGUCUGAUAGUCAGCGCCAUGCAGGACGAGGGACUGUCUAAGGAGGAGGCAUGUGAGCGGAUCUGGCUCAUGGACAAGGAUGGACUAGUCUGUAAGGGUCGAGCUCAGGGAAAGGUGGAUGGACCCAAGACUCCAUACGCACAUGAACACGAGUUUUUACCCAGUGUGGAAGCCUGUGUCAAGGAGCUGAAGCCAUCUGCUAUCAUAGGUGUUGCUGGUGCUGGUCGCCUGUUCACAGAGUCAGUGGUGAGGAUGAUGGGACAGUUUAAUGAUCAACCAAUCAUCUUUGCCCUGAGCAACCCCACAAGCAGAGCGGAGUGUACAGCUGAACAAGCUUAUGGCUGGACCGAUGGCCGAGCCAUCUUUGCCAGUGGAAGCCCCUUCAAGCCAGUAACACUACCCGAUGGGCGCACCUUCACCCCAGGGCAGGGGAACAACGCUUACAUCUUCCCCGGGGUGGCUCUGGCUGUUAUCGCCUGCCGUGUGCGACACAUCCCUGAUGGGGUGUUUCUCUCAGCUGCUAAGGCCCUAGCAGCCCAGGUGAGCGAUGAGGACCUUGCUGCAGGCAGACUGUACCCUCCCCUGAAGGACAUCCUGAAGGUCUCCACCAAGCUGGCCACACAUGUGGCUGAGUAUGUGUACAGACAUGGGCUGGCGGCCUUCUACCCGGAACCUGAGGAUAAGGAGGCUUUUGUGAAAGCGCAGCAGUACAGCACCCGGUACAGCACCUUCCUGCCUGAUGUGUACAGCUGGCCCAAACGUGCGCAGGAGGUCUCACUGCAGGAGGUCAGGCCACUCUGGGACGACCUGGACGAGAAAGGACAUUAGUCUGCAGUUCACACGAAUAUCAACAGGGGAGCUAUUGCCAGGAAUCUUGCAAUUGUCAAGAACAUGGAAGUAUUUAAUUAUAAAGAAAUCAAGAGAACCACCAGUACUCGAUUAACUUGCAUUUCAUAAUAUUAUCAACAAGGCGAUCUAUUUACAGUGAAAUUGAAACAAGUGUUAGUGAAAACAAGUUCUUCAGAAUUUUAUUACGAUAUUGCUGGAACUUGAUAUCAUACAGCCAAGUAUACAAAAACAAUAUUUAUUGAAGCUCUUGCUAGUUUAAUAACACAAUUAAGCAAAGAAAGAAAAGCUUAUUGAAUAGCAUGAAGACUGCCAAUGGCUUCAAUCUUUCCAGCUCCAGGUAUCAGUUUUCUACCCCAGAAUUCUACUGAGAAGAUGGCCUUAUGCAGUUGUUAAUGAUUGAAUGUACAUAUAUCUUCAUAUAUAUUGUUAAAUGUGAUGCAUUGUGCACAUAUGAGAGUCCGGUAUGUUUUUAGAUUUGGCAGCUGUUUUGUUUUGAACAUCAUAUUAUCACUGUUUUGUAAAUGUGGGAUUGCAAGUUAUUUAUUUAUGUUACAGUUCAAUAUUUCACUGUUGUCAGCUUGUACUUUCUGAUCCAUGUGCAGUUUUUUUCUCAGUGUUGCUUUUUGUACAUUUUUAUCUUUAUUUAUGUGAUGUGAAAUAUGUAUGUAAAACAGAGUUAAAAUUUAUACAUGUAUUGAAGGAAUAUAGACUUGUCAGAAUAAAGUGAACAUACUGACAAUUUGUCAUUGUUGCAGAAUCCU